UGUGCAUAUACAAAUACAUAUACAGGGCGGUUGUGUCUCACCCACCGACAGCAGCACCUUGCUUCCCACUUCGCUCGUCCCUUUUUUGCGGGCACGGGCCUUUCCUGGGCCAAUUCUCACCCUAGCCAUGUCCCGGCUUACCGAGCUUCUAGGAAGCAACCCGUCGAACGAGAGGCUGGAGCUCGUCAUCAGGCUGUUGCAGGAAGAGAAAGAGCUGAAGAGGAUUGAACUUGAACUUGCUCAUCAGCAACAACAGCAGCAGCAGCAGCAAUCCCAGACCGGAGCGGCAUGUGGACUUGGUCACCCGCAGCAGCUAUAUCCAUUCGAGGGAGACGGAGUGUCACUUGUAAACCAGGGGUUGGAGACGUUGAACUUCUCGGCGGGGCAGCCGGAACAAUGGGCCUCUGAUCCCUGUGGGCUCCCACACGUCGGGGCAGAGGAUACCACUCUCGCCGGCUGGAAGGCGCUGGACAGCUUGUUGCAGCCGGCCGACAACUUGGAUGGCGGGCUCGCUUGGCCUUCGUUUGUUUCCGCUGGCGAGUUUGUGGACGGCGAGUCUCUGGCGACGUCGCCUUAUUCAUUUGCCGAAUUGAGUCCCUUUGGUGCGGGUGGCAGCCUUCCGACGGCGUCUGCCGACUCACUGGAUUCGUUACUUUCCGACGGCGCUAGUUCGUUCGAUCCUUGUGCGGAUCCUGCGAAUGAUGUUCGGAUGCAGACGACCAGCGGCACUACAAAUCGAAAGCUGGCAUCAGCGACGCAUCAAUCUUCAAGUUCAAUGUGGAGAAAACGUGGCGUUGGCGCACAAUCCACAAAGUGCCGCGCGAAGAAGGUGGAGAUCGCAUGUCGCGUCUGUGGCGAGAGUCUCGGAGUUGCACACCUGUACGCCGCCGCGGACAUUGCGAAUCGGCACGUCCAGGACUAUGCAUGCAAACGAUGCGCCCAAGGCACCGCGUGGGAUGACAAGAAGACUCAGCGACAGGUGAUGCAAAAGAAGCGGCAUGCUCAGUUCGAACCCCGCGAUGCACCGGCGCGUUGCGAUAUCUGCAAGAAUGUUUGUGCUGCUGGGGGGUUCAGGCGGACGACUGACGAUGAUGGGGGAGGUAAACGCGAAGCAUGGAUUGCAGCGAGCUGUGCGAUCGAGCUUAACUGCAAAGCUUGUCUCAAUAAGUACGCUCUUUGCUCGGACUGUGGAGCUGGCGGAAAGUUUCGAGCAGGCCGCUGGCGGCCACUUGAAAUGUUCGUUGAGGGACGAGCGACUUGUUCAUUGAGCCACAAGAGGCUCGGCAACGUAAAAUCCAAAGUGGCUGUCUGGCACCUCUGGGACGAGAACCAUUCCUCUUCCCCGGCGACCCGCCUCUGCAUCGACGACCUCCCGGCUCCUACAUGGGCGCUUAUCCAAGCGACCAAGCAAUGCGUGGUAGAAGGGACUUUCAAGUUCUUAGGCUGCCCUCAGUGGAUGGAGAACAAUCCCGAGGUCAACUCGUGGCACAUGUUGAAUCACACGGCCCAUGCCUGGGCGGAGCGGAAUCAGAAGGAGCUGGAGGGGAUGAUGACCCCCGAAGACGGGCCAGCAACAAGAGCAGGACCCCACACCCUGUACGAUCCUGGCCACCUCCGCAGCUACAUCGCCAUGCGAGUUCUGGACUCGGACGCUGACGCAGGGCGCAGAUGGGAAGAUGCCACACCGGAUAACCUCCACACGAUGUUACCCCGAAUCUGCGCGUAUUACGGAGCGCGCUGGCAUGUCGCGAAACGGCUGGUGAUGUGCCGGAUGUUUUUCGGCCAUGUUCGCGAGUUGACGAUGAACGUGCUCAUGCGCGUCCUGGACGACCAUGUGGCAUAUACACGCAAGGCCGCACAAACGGGGCUGCCGUGCCCGCCUAGCCCGCUGUUUCAUCAGUUGGGCGUGGGAAAGUUUGAAAAAGCGACAAACCGACUGAGUGCCAUCGGCUAUCGCGCGGUGGUUAGAAAGGGCGACGAGUGGGAAUUCAAAGACACCCGACCCGCCGACGACGACGAACGCCAGUUUUUGAAGGAUAUCGUUGUUGAGGAGCCCGAGGAGACAGUUGCCGUGUAUAUGGGACGGAUAGAGGAGGUGCUAAGGAUUUGGAGAGCGAGCAAGGCGGACGUUGUCUCACCGGACGCGAUGGACGAGGAGGACGUUGUCGAGCUGGGGAAACGGACCCGAAGUCCGAGGGAAUGAUGGCUUUGGCGGGGGUUGCGGUAUAUAUAUAUACCCGGUCUUGCUUCAACGCAUCCUUUGCAUCAGAAUAAGCUAUCUCCAGACACACAUAAGAAGUGAACAGUGAUAAUUGUAGUCUAGUAAAUGUGGAUUCGUAGAUGUGGAGUUUGCUGCCUCCCAUAUGUACAUACUAUACGGCGUACAUAGAUAAGAAGAGUGGGGGAAUCUAGAAACUCUCCAUCUCCAAAUAUGCCCUAUAAAAUCUGCGUUCGCCAUU